AUGGCGGAUUCCUCCCCGCAGCUCGCAAAGCUGAGGAGCUUGAUGAAGGAAAGGAAGGUCCAUGUCUAUGUUAUCCCGUCCGAAGAUAGCCACAGCUCAGAAUACAUUGCCGCCUGCGAUGCCCGCCGGGAGUUCAUGAGUGGAUUUACAGGAUCGGCAGGGUGUGCCAUCGUCACACUCGAGGCCGCCGCGCUUGCCACAGAUGGUCGAUACUUCAACCAAGCUGCCAAACAGCUAGACGGCAACUGGACCUUACUCAAGCAAGGACUGCAAGAUGUCCCUACCUGGCAAGAAUGGGCUGCCAGCCAGUCUGCGGGAGGGAAAACCGUGGCCGUCGACCCAUCACUCCUCCCUGGGUCGGCUGCCAAGAAACUCAAUGACCAAGUCCGCAAGGCGGGCGGUGCUGAUCUGGUUCCCCUCGAUGAGAAUAUUGUAGAUAUAGCAUGGGGCGAUAGCCGUCCCGAACGUCCUUGUCAAUCAGUCAGCGUCCUACCCGACGAGCUUGCCGGAAAGCCGGUCACAACAAAAAUCGAGGAACUGCGCCAGGAAUUAGCCAAAAAAAAUUGCCCCGGUUUCUUUGUGUCCAUGCUGGACGAAGUUGCGUGGCUCUUCAAUCUACGGGGUAAUGACAUACCCUACAACCCGGUGUUCUUCUCAUAUGCCACUAUCACGCCGGAGACGGCAAUCCUAUACGUUGACGAGUCCAAGUUGGACGAAUCCUGUAGGGCACACUUACGGGAGAAUAAUGUCCAGGUCAAACCUUAUGACUCGUUUUUCCCUGAUGCCCGCCAACUGCAUACCGAGGUCAAGGCCAAGCGGCAGGCCGGUGGAGAUGGUGUUGUGGUAGGCAACUUCCUGAUAUCGAACAAGGCCUCAUGGGCAAUGAGCCGAGCGCUCGGAGGUGACGGCUCAGUAGAAGAGAUGAGGAGCCCAGUUGGUGAUGCAAAGGCUGUCAAAAAUGAAACCGAAAUGAAUGGCAUGCGAGCCUGUCAUGUCAGAGACGGAGCUGCCCUAAUCGAGUUCUUUGCUUGGUUAGAGGACCAGCUCGCUGACAAGAAGAUCAUGAUUGACGAAGUGCAAGCAGCUGACAAACUAGAGGAAUUGCGAUCGAAACAUCAACAUUUUGUUGGCUUGUCGUUUCCCACCAUAUCUUCUACCGGAGCAAAUGCAGCCAUUAUCCACUAUGGCCCCGAGAAAGGUAGCUGCGCGACAAUCGACCCGGGAAGAGUGUAUCUCUGCGAUUCCGGAGCGCAGUAUCGUGAUGGAACUACAGACACGACGAGGACGCUACACUUUGGGAAGCCCAGUGAUGCCGAGAAAAAAGCAUACACGCUUGUCCUUAAAGGCCUCAUCGGUCUUGAUACAGCAGUCUUCCCGAAAGGCACUACAGGGUUUGCCCUGGACUGUUUAGCUCGGCAGCACCUUUGGAAAAACGGGCUCGACUACCGACAUGGCACGGGCCAUGGCGUGGGUUCAUAUCUCAACGUCCACGAAGGCCCAAUUGGUAUUGGAACCCGCGUACAGUAUACCGAAGUCCCACUGGCUCCCGGAAACGUGCUCUCCAACGAGCCGGGCUACUAUGAAGACGGAAAUUUUGGUAUCCGGAUCGAGAAUAUCAUGAUGGUUAGAGAGGUUCAGACGGAACAUUGCUUUGGAGACAAGUCGUAUUUGGGUUUCGAACACGUAACCAUGGUUCCCUAUUGUCAAAGCUUGAUUGAGAGAGAUAUGCUUACUGCAGAUGAAAAGGCUUGGCUGAAUGCAUACAAUGACGAAGUUCUGAAAAACACCAAGGGCUUUUUUCAAGGCGAUGACUUGACAAUGGCAUGGCUUACACGGGAGACACGACCAAUUGAGUAG